AUGAUGAACAAUCUUAUAGAAAGAAGAAGGGUCAUCGAGAAAAAGGAGAAAACAACUCUGUUCGAUAGAGUAUUUUCUUGGUCUAUCAAAGAUAUUCUCAACAGAGACCUCUUCAAGCAAAAGAGGAAGACAAUACCAGACAGGUUUGGAACCGUCAAUGAAUACGUUCAGUGCUUUAUUCCUCACCUACUCGAAGAAACUCGAACCGAGUUGUUCUCAAGCUUGAAAUCUGUAUCCAGAUCUCCUGUCUUUUUCAUACGUUCGAUGGAGAAUAGGACAAAGAAAUCUAGUGGAAGUUCGUCAGACACAUUGCUGUACGAUAUAACAUUAACCUAUGCAGAUAACUUUGGUGCCAAGUACCAGCCAAAAUGUGGAGAUCUUAUUGCUCUGACCAAGCAAAGGCCGAGACGAAUUGAUGACUUAGAUCCUUUACUUCUCGCCUACGUGUUCAAGAUGGACGGCGAUCUUAUUAUCUCUGUUCAUGCGUCUAGAUCGAUAUCUCCUGAUGAGAUACAUUCAGUCAGUUUUGGUGUUUCCCUCACGACUUUAACAACAAACACAAGAAUUUGGAAUGCUUUGCACAACGAAGCUGCUAAUUCUACUCUAAUUCAGAGUAUUCUUCAGGGAAAUACUCAGGCUACAGAACAGUGUUUUUGUAUUGGUAAUGAGUUCGACGGUUCUGACCGUGUUUUGGAUAUAAUCCGAUCAACCAAAUUGAAUGAUUCCCAAGAAGGUGCAAUCUUGAGCUGUCUCAAGACGAGAAACUGUAGUCACAUAAACAGUAUCAAACUGAUAUGGGGACCUCCUGGUACAGGCAAAACAAAGACGGUCGCAACACUUCUCUUUGCCCUUCUCAAGCUACGGUGCAAAACAGUUGUGUGCGCUCCUACAAACACAGCUAUUGUAGAAGUUACACAGAGACUGUUGGCUCUGUUUAAGGAAAACUGUUUGUCAGAACUUGCUACUUAUGGGAUGGGGAGUAUUGCGUUAUCUGGAAACCGAGAGAGGAUGGGGAUAGACAAGAAGGAUGAUCUUCUCAAUGUGUUUCUUGAUGAGCGCAUAGGUAAACUUGGUCACCUGUUUUCCCAAUCAUCUUCUGGUUGGAAUCAGAGGCUAGAGUCACUGAUACAAUUUCUUGAGAACACAGAGUCUGCUUACAGUGACUAUGUAGAUCAAGUUGAGGAGAACACAGAGUCUGAUUACAGUGACUAUGAGUAUGAAGAAAAAGAUACGUUUGGAGAGUUUGUCAGGGACGCUUUUAAUGACUAUAGUGAGGAUCUAGAGACGGAUAUGGUUGAUCUGUACACUCAUCUGCCAAUGUCUUUCAUUACACCCCAAGUUGUGAAGAAGAUGGUGGCAGCCCGUCAAGCGCUUCAACGUGUAAGAUACUUCUUGAAGGAGAAUGGUUCAGGAGAUCAGUUAAUAGAAGGAAGCUUUAAAAUGGACUGCUUCAAGAGACUCGUCAGUGUUGAUUGCCUUGACGCUCUAAGUUCGCUGCCAAGACGUUUUGAGGAGAUUCCGGACAUGUUGGAAACUGAAGAUAUCAAGAAGUUUUGUCUACAAAACGCGGAUAUAAUCUUCUGCACAGCCUCAGGCGCUGCGGAACUGAAUGCAGGUAGAACAGGAAGUAUAGAGCUUCUCGUGGUUGACGAGGCGGCUCAGCUUAAAGAAUGUGAAUCAGUUGCUGCAUUGCAGCUUCCUGGUUUGCGUCACGCUGUUCUUAUCGGAGAUGAGUACCAGUUACCUGCAAUGGUUCAUAACGAAGAAUGCGAGAGUGAUAAAUUCGGAAGGAGUUUGUUUGAGAGGUUGGUUUUGCUUGGUCACGACAAGCACUUGCUUAACGUUCAGUACCGUAUGCAUCCUUCCAUUAGCUGUUUCCCAAACAAAGAGUUUUAUGGUGGGAGGAUCACAGAUGCUGCGGUUGUUCAAGAAAGCAUUUAUCAGAAGAGGUUUCUGCAAGGAAACAUGUUUGGUUCUUUUUCAUUUAUCAAUGUUGGUCGUGGAAAAGAAGAGUUCGGUGAUGGACACAGCCCUAAGAACAUGGUUGAAGUUGCUGUGAUUUCUGAGAUCAUAUCUAGUCUCUCCAAAGUAUCAAGUGAAAGAAGGAUGAAGGUGAACGUUGGAGUGAUUUCACCUUACAAAGGACAAGUCAGAGCCAUCCAAGAGAAACUCGGUUCUUUAUCAUCAGGUCAGCUUAUGACUCUGAAUGUUCGAUCUGUGGAUGGGUUUCAAGGAGGAGAGGAGGACAUUAUCAUCAUCUCAACGGUUAGAAGCAACGGUAACGGGAAAGUGGGGUUUCUGAGUAACCGUCAGAGAGCAAACGUGGCGCUGACAAGAGCAAGGCAUUGUUUGUGGGUGGUUGGGAACGAAACGACUUUGGCUCUGAGUUGUUCGAUAUGGGGGAAGCUCAUAAGCGAGUCAAGGUCACGCGGAUGUUUCUUUGAAGCUACUGAUGAGAAGAAUCUGAGAGAUGCCAUGAAUGAUGCUUUGCUGGAAGAUGUGUCUUCCAGUUUUGCAUCUCUUACGAUUGGGAACAGGGGAAGGGGAAGGAGAAGUGGUUGGUAG